UGUGCGAUUUUAAGGCAAUGCUGUUAGUGUGACGUAUAAUCUAGUGGACGGAACGCAAUGCUGUUAGUGUGACGUAUAAUCUAGUGGACGGAACGCUUCUUUCAGCAGCAGCAACAGUUAGUCCGCCACCUCGGUAGCUUGCUAGCCAAAAUAGCCGAACCAAUAAAGCUCUUUAGACGCUUUAGUGUAUAUUAGCCACUGUAUUUUAAACCCUUGUCUGUCGUCUAGUUGGUUAGUUAUCCUAUUUAAUUUCAUAUUUACGGUGCUGUUGUUAUUAUUCAGCUAGCGGGCUGGUUAAGUUAGCAUUAGCCUAGCUAGCUAACAUCUCAGACCACGAGUUCACUAAAUUACUCUCUUCCUGCUGAAGAAGAGACGGUCUGUUGGACGGAGAAAGAAGCUCUCAUCAAAGAGGAGGAGGAAGAGAAGGAUGUUACAAUACAAAAACAAGUAGAGGGUGAGGUUGUUACCCUGAAAGAAGAAGAGAAAGACGUUUCAGUGAAAGAAGAGGAAGACGUUACAGUGAAAGAAGAGGCGUUCAGAGUGAAAGAGGAGGAGGGUGUUACAGUAAAAGAUGAGGAGGAUUCAGUUUUUGAAGUGAAAGCGGAGGAGGGGGAGAAUACGGUCAAAUCGGAAGAAGAGGAGGAAGAAACUGAAUAUCUGGGCUCGAUUUCCCAAACGCAAGUUAAGGCAUCCAGUGGUUCUAAAGAUGAACUUAGCCAUAAGAUGGUUUUGAGAAACCGGGCCGUGAUUACCACUGGAGAGAUACUGAACUAUCGUGGAUCCUCUGGGAAGCCUCAACAACCUCAUGAUGCUGACAAGGCAGAGAAGAAUCUCUCCACAUCAGAACUCCUCCAGAAACACCAGCAGAGACCCACAGGGAAGAAAUCUCAUUGCUGCUCUGACUGUGGGAAAGGUUGCAAAUCUUCAUCAGAACUUCAAAUACACCAGCGAGUACACACAGGAGAGAUACCUUAUAGCUGUGAUCAAUGUGGGAAGAGUUUUACUACAUCAAGCCAUCUGACAGUACACCAGAGAACACACACAGGAGAGAAAUCUUAUAGCUGUGAUCAAUGUGGGAUGAGUUUUACUACAUCUAGCAGUCUGACAGUACACCAGAGAAUACACACAGGAGAAAAACCUUAUAGCUGUGGUCAAUGUGGAAUGAGUUUUACUGCAUCAAACCAUCUGAUUCGACACCAGAGAACACACACAGGAGAGAAACCUUAUAGCUGUGAUCAAUGUGGGAAGAGUUUUGGUCAAUCUAGCAAUCUGACUCUACACCAGAGAAUACACACAGGAGAGAAACCUUAUAGCUGUGGUCAAUGUGGGAAGAGUUUUGGUCGAUCUGACCAGCUGACAUCACACCAGAGAACACACACAGGAGAGAAACCUUACAGCUGUGAUCAAUGUGGGAAGAGUUUUACUACAUCUGGCAAUCUGACUCUACACCAGAGAACACACACAGGAGAGAAAUCUUAUAGCUAUGAUCAGUGUGACAAGAGAUACUCUGAUAAAAGAUCUCUGAUCAAACAUCAGAAAAUACAUACAUGAAUGAGUUAUUUUGUGAUAUCAAUGAAUUAAUGAAUUAAUUUUAAUGAUGUCAAAUGUAGAAUGUUUUAACAUUGUAGUAUGAGUAUUUUGAUGUCACAAUGUAGAAUGUUUUAACAUUGUAGUAUGAGUAUUUUAAUGAUGUCACAAUGUAGAAUGUUUUAACAUUGUAGUAUGAGUAUUUUAAGGAGUUUCACAAUGUAGAACCCGAAUUCAAUUGAUUUCAGCGAUAUUUUAUGAUAUGAUAUUAGCCUUGGGAAAAAUCCAGGCUCUGAAUUGAAAGAGUCACUUUUUGUUAAAUCACAUAAACAGUACUGACACAAAAAGAGCUGUGUUACACCAUGUUGUUGACCCACUUGAAUCAAAAUGCAACACUUCUAAAUGUAGCCAACUGUUUUCUACAAAUUGUCCUCUAACCAGGGAUGUACACAUUAUUCCUAGAUUCCGUGUGGUUAUUGAGCUGUUAGUUUUAACAGGACGUGCAACCUCAUCUCCCUCUCGCACAAUUGAUUUCAACGUGAUAUCGAUGAGUGAUGACAAAUAAGUGUUGCGUUCCUUUGUUUAGAGACCCCUAAAUGUAAAUGCAUCACUCCCAAAUGUAGCUGACUGUCUUCUGCAGGUUGUCCUCUAACCAGUGAGUUAAAAUAUAUCUCCCAUUUCCAUUUGUUUUUUUAGUUGUUCGUUUCAACAUCACGUACAUCCUGAUUUCCCCCCUAAUCGAUAUCAGUGAUUUAUACAUAUUACUUUGUUAUAUAUUAUACAUACAAUACAUAUGAACAAACAUUUGGUUUUGAUAUUUCAUAUUUCCAAUUCAUGUAACAUUUAGUAAUCAUAAUUAUUUAUGCAAUCAACUGACAAUUUUCGGGUAUAAUUAUAUUGACGCUGUUGCCCUUCUUUUAGAAUAUCAGGGUUCAUGUUCAGAUGUGCCAAUCCAAAUGUACUAGAGAAUUGGGGACUGGGUCUUCCUGUCUUUAAGUUUGGUGUGGGUUUUUCUUUUGUUUCCCUCUUCUUGGGCAGAUUUAGUGGGACUCAUGGGUGGUGUCUUUUAUGUCCCAGUUGUUGUUACUAGUCAACUUUCAGUGACACCCCCAUAGUGUCUUUGAGAACCCCUCCUAAAAAACAAGCUUAUAUUUUGGGUUGGAUAUUGCAUCCAAUUAGUGUUUUAAUCAAUGGCAUUUCCUUAGAAUGCUCAUUGGUCUUUCAGUUGUUAAUCUUCUGUUUGUUGUGUACCAAAUAUUUUUGUUUAUUUUCAUUGUUUUCUCCUGUGAAGCCAUUAUGUUGCAUCCAUGUCUGAAAUGUACUGUAUAAAUAAAACUUGAUUUGAUUUCAACAAAUGAA